GCCCAUUUAAAUUUAUCUUAUUUAUUUUAACAUUUGCAUCAUGUCAAGCGAAACAGGCUUAAACUCAAACUGGACGCGUCCCGAUGAUUUUAUUAAGCUGCAACGAUUGAAACAGAAGAAGAAACAAUUGGCAGCACGUGUAAGCAACAACAAUAACAACAACAAUAAACGUGUUGAAUUAGAUGAAAAUGAUAGAAGUAAGCUGCUGGAGGCCAAAAUAGCUCAAAAGCGAAAGAAUCCAUUUGCCAAAUCAACAGACUGUGCAAAAAAGCCGAAAACUGAAGAGAUUCAAAAUGCAGCUAAAUCAACGCCUGACUCUUUUGUUCGCGAUACACCGACGCGUCCGCCACCCGCCAAUUUGGUGCUAAAAAAGUUCGAUGCCCAGGCUUUUGCGAAGCUCCUGCAACAGGAGCAUGCUAAGCAAGCAGACGAGGACGAUGAUGCUGCAUUGGCCGCUCGACAGCUGCAUACCUCACAUUUGCCAAUGGACUGGUGUCUUAAGACACGCGUGCGCUUCUUUUGUCCUACAGAGCUGCCCUCCACACAGCUAAAAACGUCUCAGUUGGCCAGUGGGAUGACAAGUUUUGUGCGUUGCUUUGACACAAAUCAGUCGGAAAGUACAUUGGAUAUAUCGGAUGCCACGCGCUUUAAUCAAUGCACUUACUAUUGGCAACAUCCGCAUCUGCCCUGGAUGACGCUCUUCCCACGGAAUUCAAAGGAGAACACCGGCAUCACAAUUGGCGAGCGUGAGCGUAAAGCUCUGGCUGAGGAGUGGGACUACAGCUUUCGCGGAUUAUUUCAGCUGCUACGUGCUCGUCAGUGUCCGUAUUUUUAUCUGUGCGCCAACUCCUUUACGGUGCUUUUUCGUGCUGCUGGCACUUGCGGACGUGCGGAAAUGCAUGCAUUGGUCACACCAUCGACACGUGGUAUGCGUAACGCGCUGCGCGAAGAAGGCAUAGAAUACAGCUUGCCCUUGAAAGGCGAAAUCACGACUGGUAGUGGGCAGAACAACAGCCUAACCGAGGACACUGAGACAAACCCCGAAUCCGUUGAUAUAGCCAGCACUACAGAUACAAAUGCACAACUGAAUGAAAAAGCAGUGCCUGCUGAGGAUGGCGACGACGACGAUGAUGAUGAUGCCUGGCUGGAAAGCUUGGGUGUCGAUGAACGUGAGUUACGACGCAUACAAACCACACACGCCAGAAAGCUGCAGGCCGCUGAAAUGAGCGUGGAUUUUAGUGACAAUUCGUUGCUCCUAAUAGAGGGUGUUGAAUGCCAAGGCUUCUUUAGCUAUAUACUUAAUGCAAAGAGCACCAUUACAAGUGUAGGUCGCUUGGCAGGCGUGCCACCAACUUUAUUGUCACCCGUUGCAUUUCCGAAGGCCACAAUGCAGCACUUAGUGCCGCGCUCCAAGCAAGUGCGACUCGAUGGCGUGGAUUAUCACAGCAUAGAUAUCAAAGGUCUGUUGCUGCCAACAUUCCUACCCAGCGUUGCGGCGCUACUUUGUGAGACGCGUCAAAUGUUUAGUGCUACAUUGGCCAGCAGCACUAACACAUUAUCCUUUAGCAAAGCCACGCAAAAGUUGUUGGAUACUUCUCCAUGCGAGGCAAAAUCCGCUGGUGAACAAGACACUGGAUCUCAUCAGGUGUUUGGCGAACAAAAUCUUUCCGAAUGUGGUCUGUUGCCGGCUGUUGUGAGCUCUAUUUGCAAAACAGGUCAACAUGCAGUCGGCUUGCUGGAGCGCGUUUGCUAUCAGCGUGGCGACGGAUUCGCUUGGAGCUGAUCACCUAGC